CCAGGAGAGCCUGCGUUUGUUUGGACAGGACAGGGCCACUCAGGAGUUUUCGUGUCAUGAGCGCUCCCAGGGUAGAGAGCAUAUUUGAGGAAUUCACUUUUGUAAAGAUUUUCUUUCUUUCUCCCCCCUCCCCUUCCAACAUUUUGUUUAAGAGAAAAUGAGAUGUCUAUCUUCUGUUUCCUUAUUUUUUUUCAGGAAAGCGAACGGUUGUUGACUUCCGCCCUCUCCCCUCCCUUCCUUCCUUCUUCCCGAAGGUACUCAUCUGAGAAAAAGAGAACGGAGUACUGUUCCUGUUCUCCUUCUUAAGUCAUUUGAAACACUGUCCCUGCGAGUUCUUUAAGUUCCCUGCAAUCGGUACACAAGAGAAAGAGGGAGAGAGAGAGGGAAAGACAGAGACAGCCAGAGACCAGGUAAAGCGGUGAGGCUGCAGCCACUCAGCCCUCAGGAGCUGAGAAGCUGCAGAGGAUGCAGAAGGUGAUGAAGAUGGUCAAAGACGAGGAUGGCCCCCUCAACGCUGCUGCGAAAAGCAUCCCUUCCUUUCCCCACUGCCUACAGCCCGAGGCUUCCCGAGGGAAGGCUCCCCAAAGACACCCCUUCCCGGAAGCCCUCCGGGGCCCCUUUUCACAGUUUCGGUAUGAACCUUCUCCAGGAGACCUUGAUGGAUUCCCGGAGGUCUUCGAGGGAGGAGGGUCCCGGAAACGGAAGAGCAUGCCCACCAAGGUGCCUUACAAUCACUCUGCAGAAGAAGCCACCAUCGCUCAGGAGAGCAAGAGCUUGGGUCCUCCAAACCUCGCUCUGCUUUUUCCGCAGCCACAGCAUCCCAAGUGUGACUCCCAGAUGAUCGACCUGUGCAAUGUGGGCUUGCAGUUCUAUCGCACCCUGGAGCACCUGGGGGGCAAACCAGUCAAGCAGGAGCCGGUGAAACCCAGCGCCAUGUGGCCCCAGCCCACGCCUCCUGCCUUCCUGCCUGCGCCUUACCCCUACUACCCCAAAGUCCACCCUGGACUCAUGUUUCCCUUCUUCAUGCCCUCGUCCUCACCCUUCCCCUUCAGCAGGCACACCUUUCUGCCUAAGCAGCCCCCCGAGCCAGUGUUACCCCGCAAAGUGGAGCCCCUGGAGAGCGAGGAGACCAAACAGAAGGUGGAGAGGGUGGAUGUGAACGUCCAGAUUGAUGACAGCUACUACGUGGAUGUGGGCGGGGCUCAGAAGCGCUGGCAGUGCCCCACCUGUGACAAGUCCUACACUUCCAAGUAUAACCUGGUGACCCACAUCCUUGGCCACAGUGGGAUCAAGCCGCACGCGUGCUCCCGUUGUGGGAAGCUCUUCAAGCAGCUCAGCCAUCUGCACACCCACAUGCUGACACACCAGGGCACUCGGCCCCACAAAUGCCAGGUGUGCCACAAGGCCUUCACCCAGACCAGCCACCUGAAGCGUCACAUGAUGCAGCACAGCGAGGUGAAGCCGCACAACUGUCGCGUUUGCAGUCGGGGCUUUGCCUACCCCAGCGAGCUCAAGGCCCACGAGGCCAAACACGCCAGCGGGCGCGAGAACAUUUGCGUGGAGUGCGGCCUCGACUUCCCCACCCUGGCUCAGCUGAAAAGGCACCUCACUACGCAUCGGGGCCCCAUCCAGUACAACUGCUCAGAGUGCGACAAGACCUUCCAGUACCCAAGCCAGCUUCAGAAUCACAUGAUGAAGCAUAAGGACAUCCGUCCCUACAUCUGCUCCGAGUGCGGCAUGGAGUUCGUGCAACCCCAUCACCUCAAGCAACAUUCACUCACCCACAAGGGUGUGAAAGAGCACAAGUGCGGGAUCUGUGGGCGUGAGUUCACCCUGCUGGCCAACAUGAAGAGACACGUGCUGAUCCACACCAACAUCCGUGCCUACCAGUGUCACCUGUGCUACAAGAGCUUCGUGCAGAAGCAGACCCUCAAGGCACACAUGAUCGUCCACUCUGAUGUGAAGCCUUUCAAAUGCAAGCUGUGCGGGAAGGAAUUCAACAGGAUGCACAACCUGAUGGGCCACCUGCACCUGCACUCGGACAGCAAGCCCUUCAAGUGUCUCUACUGUCCCAGUAAGUUCACGCUGAAGGGGAACCUGACCCGCCAUAUGAAGGUCAAGCAUGGCGUGAUGGAGCGAGGCCUUCACUCUCAAGGUCUGGGUAGGGGACGACUCGUCCUGGCACAGUCCACUGGUGCGCUGAGGAAUCUGGAGCAGGAGGAGCCGUUUGACCUCUCCCAAAAGCGCAGUGCAAAGGGGCCAAUGUUCCAGUCCGACAUGGACAGCACGCAGGGCUGCCUCUACCCAGAGGAGGAGGAGGAAGAGGAGGAGGAGGCAGAUGAAGAGGACAAGUGCUAUGACGUGGAGCCCUAUAGCCCCACCCUGGCCUUGGAGAGCCAGCAGCUCUGUGCGCCUGAGGAUCUGUCCACCAAGCAAGAGCAGGCCCCGAAAGGCCCUGGAGAAGGAUGCCAGGAUCAGGACACUCCAGAAGAGCCGCAGGAGGACAGUAGCGAGGACCAUGAGAGUAGAGACAUAGACUGUGAAGUCAGAGACGAGCGACUGAGCAGCAGGCUGUUGCAAAGCGGCGGGCAGGGCCCCUCGUUUUCUGAUUACUUAUACUUCAAGCACAGAGAUGAGGGUUUAAAAGAAUUACUGGAGAGGAAAAUGGAAAAGCAAGCAGUCCUUUUGGGUAUCUAAGUAAAACGGCUUUAAAGUUACAUUUGGAAAAGGAGAUCGAGGCAGUUCAACUAUAGCUUUUCGUGCAAACUGUCAUUUGCUGCAAAGGGGAGAGAGGCGCCAAUCUUCACCAAUGGCUCAGACUGAAUGCGUGGGUAACACGCACACUUCUCAGGUCCUUCCUUGGGCACUAGACCCUUUGGUGUUAUUUUACACAUCACCCGCAUGAUGAACUGUGCCUCCUUCUAGAUACCUAACUGCAAGCUGGACCUCGAGGUGCUUUUAGACACUGUUUUCUCCUAACAUUCAGUGGCGCAAACAUCUUUCUAGUUGCAAGACUGCGGUGCUCGAGUUAUCUUACUUAGUAACUAGUUAGCCGCAUUUAUGAAGGCUACAGUAUCAUAGAUGAAAAUAUUAGUAGUUGUAUAUAUAAAAAUAUAGCCUCUAUGAAAUAACAGAAACACAGGAAAUGAUGCAAGAGACCAACUGUUGGGAAGGUUCGAGUGGUUCCUGCAGACGUGAGGUUGGGUUUCAGGAGAAGGAAAAUCGUUUUUUCUAAGACUGAACCAGAUGAUGCUUAAAUAUCUGGUUGAGUCCUCCCCUACUUCAGCUUUUCUGGUCAGUGGGACAUUUGAGACACCCCUGGAGACAUCUGGAUAAGCUUGGGGGUCCCAGUUCUUCAGAUCAAACCCCUCACAAGAAGAGCUCCUUCCCCUUGCUCUGAGGCCCCAUGCCCCAUGAAGCAACUGAAGGGAGAGUUGCCUUUCAGAGUGAGCAGUGGAGCUUGGGCUAUGGAAUGGGGUUUAGGACUGCUCCCUAAAACAAACUUUUAUCUGGGUAGAGGAAUGAUCACCCGCCCCUCGCUAUAAGCAAGACCUGAGGUAUCCUCUGAGAGCUGGCUACAUGUAGGAAUCAUUCAGUAGAUCCUUCAGAAGGCACUGAUGUAGCUGGGCAUGGUAUCUCACAACUGUAAUCCCAGCACUUGGGAGGCUGAGGGGGAUUAUGAGGUCAAACCUUCUCUCAAAGAAAAAAGGUGGAAGUAAGCGAAACCCUGUAAGGUUCUUGGUGAAUCCACCUGGAGUAGGUCCAGCUUUGGGAAUUUCCAAAGCACCUCCAGGUGCCUCUUGGGAAAAAGAGAGCGCUGGUCUCACGCAGUCCUGACCCAACUGUCUCCUGGGAGUUCCCACUGUUCACACAUAGUUCUGACCCUGUCUUUAGAUGCACUGAGGUGGCAGACAGGAGACCUGCAAGCACAAUGCUGACUUGGGUCUUCGUUCUUGUUCUGUCAUCCUCCCCAGGAUACAACACACACACACACACACACACACACACACACACACACACACACACCAUACACACCAUACACAACAUACACACCAUACACAACAUACACACUAUACACACCAUACACCAUAAUAUACCCCACACACAUAUACCAUACCAUACAUAACACAUAUACCAUGUAUCACACCACAGACAGACACACACACCACAUAUGUACACCACACGCACACAACACACAUACACACAGCAUGAACACAUACACCAUACCAUACAUAUCACCCAUACCAUACACACACCACAUACACAUAUACUACCCACACCACACACUCACACAUAUCACACAUCACACAUACCACAUAUACACACACUCACACAUACUUUCUCACUCUCUCUUACACACACAUCCACACAUUGUAAAUAUACAUGUGUGUGUGUGUGUGUGUGUGUGUGUGUGUAAACUAGAAGAUAACACCCGUGAUGUUUGUAGCCAUCUAGUGCAUUGAAAGAUUCAUGCAUGGCUGGCCUAUGAUGACUCUUACUCUUGCCCAGAUGUGUGAACUGCUAUUGCAGUGUACUGUGAGGAUUAUGAUGGAUAUGCUGGGCCUAUUGGGCUGACCUUCUUAGACCCUGCCACCAUGAAAAGCAGUGCUGCAUGGGGCUACGUUCAUGUCACUGACUCAUGGUAGGUUCUAGACUGUGUUUCUAUAAAACCUGCCUUUCAGUUGAGAGUGUCAACAUUCUUGGUAAAGCCACGGUUCUGGGGACUGCCUUGCUUCCUCUUCUCCCAAAAUUCCCCCAUUCAUCUAAAAGACCCAGUCUAGCUCUGCUAACUAUUAGUUGCUGCUUUUCUUAUCAACCAAUCUACUUCUCCACGAGGCUCAUCCAGUUCCCACCAUUCACCUAUGCACAUGGACAAGCCUCUCAGCCAUUUCUCUUACCAACAUCCUAAAAUUCUUUUCUCUGUCGUGACUACUCCUGUGAAGGACAAAGGGCUUGUGUGUUUCCAGUUCCAGCUGUGUACAUGUCUAGGUCAUAACACCUGCAAAGAUGGUGGAUGGUGGGGAGAUUUCCCUGGGUUUCUACAGUCACAAUCACUGCUCAGGACAAAGAAUUGUUGAAGGUCUUCAGAUGGGCAAGAUCCCUUCUAUUCACUGUGAAUGGAGCUUUUUUGGUGUCUUAGAUAAAAGUGUCCAGGAAGCUUCAUCCAUGAAUCCAAAAUUGAGGCAUGAUUGAAUUCAGUUGUGUCAGAAAGAGAAUGAUCUAGGAUGGUGGUUUGCGAGCAUGUUUGAAGAGUUAGAUGUCCAUCACAGAGCUGGUAAAAAAGGAGAUAUCCAGCUCCUGGGCCCAUUUCACUGCAAGCAGCAGGCUUCUUCUGUGCCACUACACAUGGGUUAGCAUCCUCAGUGAGAUUUCAUGGAGGAAGAACUGCAAUGUAGUGUGGGGUAUGCCCCAAGCUUGGCUCUGGCUUUUACUUCCCAGUAUGAAAGACUUAGUAGGCUAGAACCUGGAAACCAACCCAACACUCACCUGAAAGUAAAGCCAGCCCCAGGUUUCAUGUGUGGAGGAGACAGCAGCCCUCAUUCACACGUGUUACCCCAACGCAGCCAUGAGUAUUGUCCCUUGGCUUCUCAAAAGCAUCCCAAGGUAUGAGAUCAGAUUCUGGACACUGGAAAAGGUGUGGCCAACCUUGAUAAGAUUAACCAGAUACAAAUCUGAAGUAGAUCUCAUGGAGCCCACCUCAGCAAACCAAAGAAUAAAGUCACCCAGGAUGCACCAGCCCCCCAAAGCCACACACACCCUUCAUGGCAGUAUAGAAUUCUGAAAAGAGGUCAGACCCAAAUGGACCACCAUCACAUUGACUUCCAACCUUUGGACCAUCACCAUGUUGACUUCCAGCCUUUGGACCACCAUCACAUUGACUUCCAGUCUUUGGACCAUCACUAUGUUGACUUACAGCCUUUGAAUCAUCAUUAGAUUGGCUUCCCAGGCUUUGGACCAUCACCAUGUUGACUUCCAGCCUUUGGGCCACUAUCACAUUGACUUCCAGCCUUUGGACCAUCACCAUGUUGACUUACAGCCUUUGAAUCAUCAUCACAUUGACUUCCCAGGCUUUGGACCAUCAUCACUUUGAACCUCCUAACCAUCCAGCCUAGUGACAUAUUUGCCUCCUGUCCUUUAUAUUCAGGCCUGCAGUGGUCCUCCUUAGUUUAUUUGUAUCUCUCUUUCAUUCUUUUAUGUUUUAAAACUUGGAUGUCCCUUUGGCCAUGACACUGAAGCCAAUCUUUCCCAAGCCAAAAGGAGCUAAUGGGUGAAUGUAUAUCUGGAUGUAAGUAGUUGCAGAAGAAAGCUCGACUGUUGUGCAUUCUGUAUUUAUUGAGCCCCCAAGACAUUCAAUAAAAUAUUAACAUUAUGUUUUGAA